AUGGAGAGAAGAAAAAGCGUGGAAUCUUUUUUGGGCAAAUUGGGAGGAGAGCACAGAGGAACAAGGAUAUUUGUGGGGAAUAACUCCUUGGCAGCGUACAAGUUUAUUGUUUCCAUGCAGGAUUUUUCGUAUCGAAAGUUUGGGUGCAAUGUUUUUGAAUUUUACGGGAUGGAAAGGCCUUCUGAUAGGAUCAGCCACAGCAAGUACCUGGAUAUGCUCACGGGGUAUGCAGAAGUGGCAACAGAAGGCACAGAAGAUAGUUUUAAGUCCGCUGUAAAAAUUUGCGAUACAGCUGUCCAUUUCAGCUGCGAGUUCGUGUGGCCUGGAUGGGGACACGCGUCAGAAGAUCCUGCUCUGCCACGGGAGUGUGUGAGAAGAGGGCUGAUAUUCAUAGGGCCCAGCGAGAGCGCAAUGGAGCAGCUGGGGAGCAAAAUAUCAGCAAACGAAGUGGCAGAUAAGUUUGGAAUAGAAAGCAUCCCGUGGAUGGAAAUAUCAGAAGACAAAAAUAAAACUUACAAUUUUUGCGAUAAGAUAGGAUAUCCGAUUAUGGUAAAAUCACCCGAGGGAGGCGGUGGAAAGGGCAUCCGCGUGGCUGAUUCGCCAGAAGGGCUGGAUAAAGCGAUUGAAAUCGUCAGGAGCGAGUCCAAGAGCAGCGAGGGAGAAGGGAAAGUCUUUGUCACAAAGUAUCUGAGAAAAAUAAAACACAUCGAGCUGCAGCUAGUGGCAGACUCCUAUGGUGCUGCGGAGGUUGUGUCGAGCAGAGACUGCACGAUGCAAAGAAGAAACCAAAAACUGAUCGAAGAAGGGCCUGCAAUCAUUACCCCCAAAAUAGAAGAAGAAAUAAAGAAAAAAGCAAAAAAGAUGGUGGAGGUGGCAAAGUAUGAAAAUGCGUGCACCGUUGAGUUUGUGUACGAUAUGGAAGAAAAGCGCAUUUAUUUCCUAGAGUGCAAUCCCCGGCUGCAGGUUGAGCACACGGUCACUGAGCUGCUAACAGGAAGCAAUUUGUGUGCAGUCCAGUGGCUCAUAUCCUGUGGUGUAAGCAUAGCUGAGCUAAAAAAGACGGGAAUAUUGAAAAUAUUUGGGGGAGGAAAACACGUGGUGGGUGCCCGUGUGAUAGCCGAGUCGGGCGAGUGCGGAUUUAUUCCUAGCACAGGAUCUGUCUUUGUUUCCUCUGGGUUUCAGAUGGGGAGCGUUGGAUACUUUUCUGUGGACUCGGGAAGUAUUACGCCGUACAACGACUCGCAGUUUGGCCAUGUUUUUGGAAUUGGAGAAACAAGAGAAGAGGCUGUUUCUGCGCUGAAGAUGGCUCUUUCUUCUGUUAAAGUAACAGGGGAAGUAAAAACAUUAAACCAUUUUUUGUGCGACUUAAUAGAGACAAAGGAGUUCAUGGAAAAUGGGCACAGCACGCAGUCUGCAGAGAAGUUUCAAAGAGAGUGGAGCAAGCGCGGAGAGGUAGACUCAUUUUUAGUGCUGUGCUACUGUGCGAUCUCCGCAAAUAGGAAGAAAAGCAGGAAAGAGAGCAUGAACUUCCAGGUGAGCGGUGUGGAUAUUAGUGCAGCUGUCACACAAGUGGAGGAGAGUAUUUACUCGGUUGUGAUAAACGAGGGAGUCUCUGUGCUCGAGAUUGUUCCGCUCUUUGACGACAAGUACAGGGUGAAAACGGAAAAGGGAGAGAUAAAAAUUAUCUAUUUUUCAAAAUCAAAGAUAUUCACAGAGAUCAGAACUGACAAGAAAACUGUGCGGUUUACAGAGAAUAGCACAGGGAACAUGGUGCACUCUACAGUGCCUGGGCGCAUUGUAAGGAUCCUCAAGACAGACUAUGUGAAGAAGGACGAAGAGUACUUAGAAAUCGAAAGCAUGAAAAACCUCAUACUCAUUAAGUCUCCAAAAGAAGGCAAAAUAAGCUAUAAAGUGGAAGUGGAGGAAAUCGUGGAGAUAGGCGAUGUUAUUGCAGAGAUAGUGGGAAGCGAGCUAAAUAGCUCGGUAGAGUACACGGACAAGAUAGUGUACAGAAACACACAUAGAAACCUGACAAAAAGUCUGCUAAAAGGGUACGAAGUGCCAGAAGAAGUGCAGUCGUACGAUAAAAGUGAUAUUUUAUUGAUACUUAAGGCAUACUGUGAGGAUGAUCAAAUGAAUAGUGAAUACUUGGAUGAGUAUGUGGUGAGAAGCAUACAGGUACUGAGAGAGUCCAAGGAUAAAGAGAGCCUGGCUGAGUUCAAAGAUGUCCUGAACAGAAUAAAGUACAGGAUAGCUAGAAGAGAGAUACUUAGAGAAAACGUGAAAAUAGUGUAUGAGCUGAUGGAUAUAAUUGAAGGUGUAGAAAGAAUGAAAGAGCUAGAGAAAAUGAGAGAGUUGGUGAAAGAGCAGGGCUUGGAGAGUGCUCUUGAGAGUAAUAAGGUUAGUCCACGCAUAGACGACAUUCUGCUGCUUCUGUCUUUGGAAGAAGAAGACGCGGAGAGAAAAAAGAAAAUACUCAUAGCAUGGGCUGUGGGCAUUUUUGAUGCAGAAAAUAGCGAUAAAACAGUUGAGGUGGAACUUUUAAAAAAGAAAACAAAAAUCAUUGUCAAAUCAGGCGAAAUAGUGCAGACACUCAAUAUUAAACAGAGCACAAAGGAGAGUGCAGAUACAGAUAGUGUGCCAGAAGAGGACACAGCGCCAGAUGGCAGUGAAGAAGAUAAGAACAGCACGCUGAUAGAAAUAGAAGGCACGAAUGUAUCGUACAAAAGAGAAAAUGGAGGUUAUGGUGCCCUCUAUGAGAACAUGGACAUAAGAAGAGUGGAGGCACACAGUUCGAUACUUCCUACAGAAAUAACAGACAUUCCUAACAUCGCUCUACAUUCAGUUCUAUGGAACAGAAGAAUGUCGGUUUAUACCACAGAUGAAAUAGUCGUAGUAUACUGUUCUAUCUUUAAGGAUGAGUUCUGUAGCACAGCCACAGUUAGUGAGCUGGUUAAUGAGAUAGUUUCGGCAUAUUCCCUAACUAGUUUUUCACUGCCAAUGACCGUACGAGUGCACAUUCUUGAUCCACUUCCUUUUUCAGAAGAAAAAAUAUCGUACAUCAAAAAAGAGAUAACAAAAGCGUGUUUUGAAACAGAGAAAUACGACAUACAGUAUUUUAUCACGGGAAUCUUCGAAAAAGAGAGUGCGGCUGAAUUAUUCACGCAGGAGAUCCGAAUGGACCGAGGAUUCAAAGAGUCUUCUCUCUGGAUAAACAAUGUGCAGAGUUUCUACAUAAUAGACUCGCACGAUAUUGUGAACACGCAGGCAAAGAGCGAAGUAGGUCCCCUGUUCAUGCCAGAGUCCUCUGAGAGUGUGCGCACUUCAAGGGCCAAGGCCAAGUCGCUGAAUACCAUAUACAUAUACGACGCAGCUCUUCUGCUCAGCAUUUUCAUCAAAGAAAUCGAUCAAAGCUGCGAAAUCACAAAAAUAGAAAAUCAGAAAAAUGCAGCUAUCAGCGGAUGGCGGUUUAAAAGUGCAAUGUUUGAUUUUAUAUUCGUAGGAAAUGACAUCACAGUGAAGAAUGGCGCAUUCUCCAUCGAUGAAGACAACUACUUCUCAGAGUGUGCUAGCCUCUCAAUGGAUAAGAAAAUACCGUUUAUCUAUGUGUCCAGCAACUCUGGAGCGAAAAUAGAAGUGCUAGAGUCCAUCAAGCCGCUGAUAAGGUACUCAAAUGAGUCAGGUGCAAUAUACAUGGAAAAAGAAGAGUACGACUCCCUUCCGAAUAAGUCUCUCAUUGAAGUAAAAGAAGUAAAAAUGAACAACAAAAUUUCGUACGAAAUAACUGACAUAAUAGGAGAGUAUGGGAUGGGCGUAGAGAACCUGUCUUAUUCAGCGCAGAUAGCUAAAGACAUGGCCACCCUGUACGAGACAGUUCCUACAAUCACUUAUGUCACAGGACGAGCCGUGGGAAUAGGCGCAUACCUAGCGAGCAUUGGCCGCCGAAUAAUCCAAAAAACAAACUCACCAAUUAUUCUCACGGGGUUCCAGGCUCUGAACAGCCUUGUGCAGAAGGAGAUAUACAAGAGCAACCUAGAAAUAGGAGGCCCUUCAAUCCUUGGGAAGAACGGAGUUGUCCAUAAAACAGUCCAAACCGACUCCUCGGGCAUCCAGGAGAUACUUACCUGGCUAAAAUACCUUCAAAAUCAAAAUUCAUCAAGAUCAAAAGUUUUAUCAGAUAAAAACAUAAAACCCAUCGACACCGAGCAGCUCGAACUGCUCACACCUGAUGAAAUCAUAAACUACAUCUCAGACGAGAACGCGUUCACCGAAUAUCUGGCAGAAUGGGCGCCGAAUGUAAGGGUGGGAAGGACUAUAGUAGACGGCAUUCCAUGCGGUGUUAUUUUCCCAAGAACAGGCACCGUGCAUUCGCACAUUCCUGCACCUGCAGCUGUGAACAAAGGAUCCAACCCAAGCGAAGUAUUUCAGACCAUUUGGACCGAGAAUGUUCUCCUUCCAGAGUCAUCCAAAAAAAUAGCACAGUCCAUAGAAGAUUUUUCGCUGGAGUCAUUGCCCAUUUUGAUUCUUCUUAAUUGGAAAGGAUUUUCAGCUGGGCACUUGGACAUGUUCAACGGGAUUCUUCAGAAUGGCUCGGACAUAGUCAGAAGCAUGGAAAAGUCUCAGUCGAAAAUGUUUGCAUACUUGCCCCCGCACUCGGAGCUCAGAGGCGGAUCGUGGGUUGUGUUCGACAAGAAAAUAGGAAAUAGAAUAAAAUUCACAGCCCAUCCCACGGCCAAAGGGAGUGUGAUACAUCCAGACGGCCUGUCCAAGAUAAAGUGCAAACAGGCUGAGCUGUCAUCCACUUUAGACCUGUCAGAUAUCCCAUUUUCAAAAGUAACUGCAUCUAAGCUGGCAAAAACCUUUUGCGCUCUUCACGACUCUUCCCAGAGAAUGAUCAAAAUGAAAGUGAUAGACGAAAUAGUUAAUGUGUCCGAGCUAAAGUCUUCCAUUGUACAAUAUUUCAAAGAAUAA